AUGGGCGGAGUAGCGUCAAAGCGAGUCAAGGCCAGACUCGGAAACUCACCCGAGUUCGACUCCGCCUGCGACUCGGCGUACACUCACUGCCUCUCCCUAACUCAGUGCGCCUUCGAUGGAGUCUUUCCCUACCAGCUCCCAAACGCUGCCACCCAUCUCCACCAUAUCCUCUCCACCGCUCAAUUCCCACUUAUCCACAAGUGGGUCCCGACUCCACCAACUCGGUCCCAGAUCGACAUGGCCCUCCGAGUCAUAACUCGUCGUCAGCAGCCCAGAGACAGAGAGGACCCGGAGCUCUUGGGGCAGGUCCAGUUCAAGGAGUGGGCUGUGGAGCUGUUUGGGGAAGCCGUGGUGGGCAGUGCAGGAAAAGCGAUUUUGACGAGGGUACCGAUGGGAGUUGCUGGGAUUACCGGAAUCGGAGCCGCUACUCGGUCCGGGCGGGAGGUCGUAGGCACCGCGAUUGCGGUCUACGCCCUGGUGUUGAAACAAGUUUCUGGAUAUUCAUCAUUUAAGGGAUACAAAACCUUUGAAGGAAAGAAUGAACUUUUGCAGGGAAUGAAGAUGUGA